AUGGCAUCAAUUGGCCCCAACCUCCGUCAGCUGCUCCCUACUGCGGGAACCUGGGCCGCACCGUUCACAAUCUACUACGUCCUCCUUUGCGCCCGGGUCGUAUACCAACGUAUCAAACACCGCGUUCCCCUAGGCCAAAACAUUACCUAUUCCAAGAAAGACAAGCCCUCCGACUCAGCUCCCGCUCACCCAGUUGACGACCCGCUUGAAGUAGCCAUCCGGUGCCAAGGAAACUUCCAAGAAAACGUCCCUCUGGCAUACGCCUUACUCGUCGUCUGCGAGCUCAACGGUGGAGACAAGAAGUAUCUGAACUAUGUCGCGGGGUUCUUAUUUGCGGCAAGGGUUGCGCAUGCGGACUUCGGACUGAUGAAGAAGGGGAGGCAUGCAGGAAAUGGGGUGGGAAGACCACUUGGAUUCCUUGGGUCGACGGUGGUGUUGCUCGGCCUGAGUGUUUAUAGCGGUUGGCUGAUUAAAGGGUAUUGGGGAUUUUAG